UUUGUGAUGAUGAGAUGACGGCAUAGCCGCAUAGGAUGUCAUACAGACAGGGGCGGAGUCAUUCUUGAAUCUCCGCCGCUUGUUCUUGUCCCAUAGCGAUUAAAAUUCCAUUUCACCAUUGGUGGGAUUUCGGCCACCAUCUAUCUCUAAGGAGUAAGCCGUAAGCGCAUUUUGACCUUUCUCUCUCCCACUAUCUUCUUCUCUUUUCAAUUUUUUUUUUUUUUUCACCCGUCUCAAAAGAAAAGAAAGAAAAGUAAAUUAAAUGAAUCUACUCUCAGGGGUCUAACUAAUCUCGUGGAGCUCUGGAACUCGAUGGCUGUUAUGGACGAGAUUGGAGUCGAUAGUUCGGAUAUUGAAGUUGAUGACAUAAGGUGCGAUAACAUAGCCGAGAAGGAUGUGAGCGAUGAAGAGAUUGAGGCGGAAGAGCUGGAGAAGAGGAUGUGGAAGGACCGAAUCAAGCUCAAGAGAAUCAAGGAAAGGCAGAAGGUUUCAGCCCAGCAAGCUUCGGAUAAGCUGAAAGGGAAGCAGCCCACGGAUCAAGCUACACGGAAGAAGAUGUCGAGAGCUCAAGAUGGGAUUCUCAAGUACAUGUUGAAGCUCAUGGAAGUGUGCAAGGUUCGGGGGUUUGUGUACGGGAUCAUUCCCGAGAAGGGAAAACCGGUUAGUGGAUCAUCUGAUAACAUCAGGGCGUGGUGGAAGGAGAAGGUGAAGUUCGAUAAGAAUGGUCCCGCUGCUAUAGCUAAGUACGAAGCAGAAUGCCGUGCCAGGGUGGAGGGAGUCGGGAAUCUGACGGGGAACUCGCAGAGCGUUCUACAGGAUUUACAAGACGCCACCUUGGGGUCACUUUUAUCGUCUUUGAUGCAACACUGCGACCCACCUCAGAGGAAGUACCCGUUGGAAAAAGGUGUCCCGCCACCGUGGUGGCCAACGGGGAACGAAGAAUGGUGGGAAAAAAUGGAUUUGCCUACGGGCCUCACUCCACCCUACAAGAAGCCACACGACUUGAAGAAAAUGUGGAAAGUCGGUGUUCUAACUGCUGUUAUAAAGCACAUGUCACCCGAUAUUGCAAAGAUCAGGAAGUUAGUCCGGCAAUCAAAGUGCUUGCAGGAUAAGAUGACGGCUAAGGAGAGCUCGAUUUGGUUGGGCGUACUAGAAAGAGAGGAAGCCCUUAUCCAUCAGCCAAGCGGCGACAAUGGAUCUUCUGGCAUAAGUGAGGCACCCACUAGAGGCCGCAGUGAAAAGAAGAGACCUUCGGUCAGUAAUGACAGCGAUUAUGAUGUUGACGGCAUUGAUGAUGGCCCGGGGUCCGUUUCAUCGAGGGACGAGAGUGGAAACCAGGUAUUGGAUGCUGUUCCUAAGUCUCGUCAAAUUGAAAGGCCAAAGAGACCCAAGAGACCAAAGAGGGCAAAACCAACCCCUUCUGUUCAAGAGACCCCGCCAUCUCUUAAUCUUAACGAUAAGGAGCAUGGUGAUGAGCCGGGUGAUCCGUUGCCCGACAUUAACGAUUCUAAUACUAUGUUAGCUGUACACUCGAUGAACGAAAACCAAAAAGACGGGUCCCAACCAGUGAAUCCUUUGGAAAAAAGUGGCGAGGGCCAAUCCCAUUUACCAUCAGGUGAGUCUGAUCAUUCCAUCAUUCCAUCUGCUAAUGAAGUGUCUACACAGAUUUCUGGCAAAAGGUCUAGCGUUUAUCCAAUGUCUCAAAAUUGUGAGAUUGUCCCGUAUGAAUCAAGGCCACAACUGGGUGCUUCAGAUUGUGCCAUUCCCCAUCAAAUUCAAGAUAGUCAAAUAUUUAACGGUCAGCAGUUUCCAGGAACGAAUGAUAGACCGGGAAGUUCAAUGUUUCACUAUGGACCUCUAAUUCCAGAAAUGCAUCAUGGGUCUCAAUAUCCCGACUUGCACCAAUCCCCUCUCUAUCAAUACUACAAUCCAUCUACUGAUUUUGGGCCCACUCGUGAUGAAGAGAGGUCUCGUUUAGCGUUUAAUGACCUUCAGAUGAGGCCGGAUAAUUUUGGAGUCCAUUCAACAGUGGUUCAAAGUACAGGAAACGAUGUCAAUGAUUAUGGAAAAGACCCGUUUCAGAAUGAACAGGAUAGACCCGUUGAUGUGCCACCAAUGAUGACAAUCACAGAUAACUUUGAACCUCCAGUUACUAGCGUCUCUCCAGAUUAUACAAGACUCAACAGCCCAAUAAGUUUCGGAAUUGACGUGCCAAAUGCAUUUGACACCGACGUUGAAAGUUUCCUUGAUGAGGACUUGAUGACAAUAAUGACAUUCUUUGCCUCUUAAGUAGUCAUUUUGAUCUAUAGAACGUCCCGAGUGUGAGUGCAGCAUAUCGUUUACUCCUUUACCUCUUCUUCUCUCUUAGGGUUAAUCUGAACUCUGAAGCAUCUUAUAUCAAUGCCCGAAUGCAGGAGAUAGAGAAUGCUGAAUCUAUUGCUAGUGCCUAGUGGAACGAGCCAUUUUCUCAUAGAUUGAGGACCUUUUGACUGUAAGGAUUCUUAACCUCCCAUCAGAGAAGGGCCUGGUGCUGUACAUGCUGAAGAUCUCGAUUCAAACCAUGAACCGAGCUCUUUCAUGUGUUGUAUAUGCAGGAAUUUCUGGGAAUAUGAACACCAUUUGUAGGGAAGAUGACUUGCAUGUGUGAAAAAAACAGGAAGGAUUGAAGAAAGGGGAUAUGGCAGAGAAUUCUCUGGUACUAAAACAGCAUUCUUGAAUCUUGAAUUCUUGAUGAUGAUGAUGAUGGAGAUCUCUAACAUAGCAGUCAUGUAGUUCAUAUUAUUACAAAGAUGUUUGCUUCACUGUUCCAAACAUUAGAAGCAGACAAUCACUAGAAAAUUGUCUCACUAGAAGCCUAAAUGUCGACAGUUCCCAUGAACUUGAUAGUGAGAGUUUUUGGACACCGCAAAUUUCUUGCUUUGCUUUCCUAGAAUGGAUAACUAUUGCCAAAUUUUUUA